CUUGAAUCACAAGCUCUUUGCGUUAUAUUUUAUUAUAAAUAAUUUUGGAAAAAACAUGCACUUGCGAAAAUUUUUGUGUUGCGUGCCCCUAAAAUACGGCACGAUGACAGUGGGCGCUGUGUUCGGCAUUUUUAAUCUUGUCACGGGCGGCAUUGGUUUUAAUAUGGUCAUCGCGAAUGAAUAUCCGGAUGACGUGGUCGAGUUCUUCCGGACCAUGGACACCCAGACCUGCAUAGCCGGAUUCUCGACUCUGCUUUGGUUGCUGAUGAUAGAUCACUUCCUGCUGAUCUAUGCCGCAAUAUACAAAAAUCGCAUUAUUAUCGGAAUCUGGCUGCUGAUAAACUACAUGAUUUUUCUGUUUACUUUGAUUACCGUUUUGCUAGAUGGCUGGAUGGUCGCAAGAACCUUGUUGCUCGGCUACUCCCUAAUUGUGGUGAAGUCCUACUAUACCGAGUUGACUGUGGUAAUCGAUGACGAAGAUUCACUGUCCGGAGAUGAAAGUGAAAGCCAGAGUGGAAGAAGUUUCGAGUCUACUGCAUAAUAUUGAAAUUUUUUGUAUUUGGUAAUUUUGCUUAUAGUGUUUAAUAGAAAUCGAAAUCACAAUCGGAUUAAUCAAUAAAAACUUCGAUAAUAUAAUCGAACAUCCGA